UCUAGAUCUCCUUCUAAUCUUCUUAUAUUUAAUCUAUCUAUUAUCUAUAUCUUGAUUACUUAAGUCUUGAUCAUGAUAUGAUUCACAUCAAUUAGCAUCAUCAUUAUCAUGAAUACAGUGACUUUAUUUUUAUAAAAAAUAAUAAUACAUGAAUAACAUGAUGAUCAUCAUCUAAUCUAGAUCUAUACUAGAUCUAAAUAAGAAGUUAGAAAAGUUUUAGAAAAGUAUUAAUUUAUAUUUUGCUUGUUUUUUCAUUCUUAUUCAUUAUUUAUUUAUAGUUAUCAUGGACUUUCCUGAAAUAAACCAGCAAACUGCACUGCUAGCAAAGCCAUGGCAGUUGAAUGACCCUGUUCACAAAGGUGCAAUCUAUAUUGAUUACCAUCUGUCCUAUGAUCAGUUUUUUCAAGACAUUUUUCUCAAAAAUCAACUCUGUGUUCUCGGGCCAAGUGUUACUUCCCAUUGGGCCAGCAAGAAAGACUGGGUCUCUGAAGAUGGAAGUCCCAAUUUUAACUUUCUGGUUGAAAAUUAUGGGGAGACAACUGCCUCAGUGGCAGAUUGUAAUAAGCAAGAGUUCUCUACCCAUCCUAAAACAGAUAUGCUGGUCAAGAACUACAUCAAUUAUUGGCAGGAGCAGAAAUUCCAGGAAAAAACUAAAGAAAAAUGCUUGUAUUUAAAAGAUUGGCAUUUUCAAAGGCAUUUCCCUUUGUACAAUGCAUACAUCCCACCAUCUUUUCUGUGUUCUGAUUGGAUGAAUGAAUUCUGGGAUGUCAGGAAGGAUAUGAAUACUAAGGAUGACUACAGAUUUGUGUACAUGGGACCCAAGCAUUCUUGGACACCAUUUCAUGUAGAUGUUCUACACUCCUACAGCUGGUCUGCUAAUAUCUGUGGACAGAAGAAAUGGAUACUUUUCCCACCAGGAUGUGAAACCAAACUUCUAGACAAACACAAACAAAUGGCUUUUGACAUCAGGUCAGAUGAGCUAAAAGAUUCAAAGCUAUUCCCUGAAGCGUUGAUGGCCUUGGAGGAAGCCAUUACUGUGUUUCAAAAUCCAGGGGAGAUUAUUUUUAUACCUAGUGGAUGGUACCAUCAAGUUAUUAAUCUGGAUGACACAAUAUCCAUCAACCAUAACUGGAUAAAUGGAUGCAAUUGCCAUCUAGUAUGGAUAUACAUUAGGGAUCGCCUGAAUGCCAUCCAGAAGGAGAUUAGUGAUUGCAAGGAUAUGAAGAACUGGAAUGAUCAUUGCCAGGUGAUACUAAAAGCUGACAGUGGAAUGAAUUACAUUGACUUCUACAACUUCCUGGCCACCAUUGCCAACCACAGGGUAAGAGCUCUGCAUAGCUACUUGGUGAAUACCCUGCUGCAGAAAUAUGUGCAAAGGUUUCUUCUCACAGAUAGUGUGUACUCUAUGAUAUCUGAGCACUCUAGUUCUAACAGGAAUGCUUUCAAGAACCCUAUGGGCUCUCUCCCCUCUAACAAUGUGAUUAGCUGUGAUGUGGUUGUGGCCCUUCUAGAAAACACUUCAGUCUGUGAUACAAAGAUUGUGACAAGUGAGACUCUUCUGGAGCUUAAGUUUUUACAUUGUGUUGAAUGUGUAACAUUGGACAGCUCUGUGAUAGUUUUUGUUGAUGACAAUUUUAACCAUGACUUCUCAGGAUUUCAAACUGAGUGCUUUAGCAAUAGCUGUGAUAAUGGAAAGGUAAAAACAGAUGAUAAAACUAGUGAUCAUCCCACAUCACUAUCAUUAGAGGAUUCACACAAGUUACAAAAUACCCCUGUUCAAUUACAACAUGUUAAAGAACUUGAACAAAGAAAACAAUCUAAAACAAAAUGUCAAGAUCAUUUGCCAUGUCAAGAAUGUCUAUGUUUAAGAACUGGCACUGUUGUUCACUAUAAUUCCAAAUCAGAAUAUUCUAAUAAAGACCUCAUUCAAGAUCCUUCAGUGCAAUCCUCAGUUUCCUUGUGCAAACAUCAUCAUUGCCCACACUGGGCUCACUGCGGCCACUACCUAGCAUUCUUUGACAUUCAGCGUGUCCUAGAGCUAGUCAGAAAUAUGGUGGACGAGGCAGACUUUCAAGAGCUGUUGGCCAACACAUCCAACAAGUCCAGUUUGAUCAUCCCCCCACCGGAGUUAAUCCACAGUAUUGAAAACAUAUUAGACCUCGUGAAGUUGAUAUAAUUACUUUCAAUUUUCAAGGCGCACUUUAGAAGUUGUGAACAACAAAUUAAAUUUUAUUUAUACAGUAAAGCAUUUUCCUUGUUAUUUUGAUAUGUAUAUUGUUAUAUUGCUCUAAAAUGCAUUAGUCAAAUGUAAUUGUUUUUUUACAUUGUAAAAAAAAACAAUAAAACCUAAAGUUGAGGCACAAGAUUUCCCUGGCCAUUAUCUGCAGAUUGAUUGAGUUCUUUAUGAUAUUGAUUUCUUUUUAGUUGAUUCUCGCAAUUUCAUAACAUAAAAAAAAAUGUGAUAAAUGCUUUGUUAUUAUCAGUGCUUUCAAAAUCCAUCAUAACUUCACUUUACCCUGGCAUUGUAUUAGCCUACUCAGUUACUUCACUUAUUCUUCACAUUACGUUAGCCUAGCCAACACAGUUACUAAACUUUUUUCUGGCUUCCACUUUUAAUUUUUGUUCAACUUGGUGUUCAUCCAUUCUACAAAAAUAUGCAUCUAUGAAAAAGUUUAUUUUUUCAUUCCUCAAGUAUUCAAUGUAUUUAAUUUCCUAGAGUAUUCAAUAUUUUUAUAUCAAUUAUGCACUUCCUGAAAUCCUUGAGUCAUAAUAAUGCAACAUUUAUUUUAUCAGGUAAUUGCACACGGUACACUCUCACAAAUAUAUGCUAUCUUUGCUUAGAAUAGAUUUGAUGGAACCAUGAUGCUGCAUUGAGUUUUUUUCAAAGUAUUUUUUUUUACCUAAAGCAUUAUUUUCUUCCAUUGUAAAUUUUUUUGUUUGCUGUUACAGCUUUUAUUUAUUUAAAUGUAACUAUAAUAGCACAUUUGGACAUUAUUUGUAAAAAGCAGGUAUUUGGAAAUGUGUGGCCCAAAGAGGCCAAUUCUAAGUUUUAUUGACAUUUUGCCUUGGCAUUAUUUAUUGAACAAAGACUGACAACUGUUCAACAUAUUUGUAUUCCAAGCUCACUGAAUAGUUUGUUUUCUUCUCAAACACUUGCAUAGCUACUGUCCUUGCUAGAAGACAGAGCUAUCAAAUAGGAUGUUACUAUGACAUUGUUGUUGUUUGGGAUUCAACUUCUAUACUGCUGUCUGAUCAUUAGCAUUUGGUUGUCACUAAUUGUCUCAAUCUCAAUGUUUACUAAAAAAAACAAUCCUUUAUAUUUGUAACCCCAUUGAAAAAGAGUCAUUAUUUUGUGCUCUGACAUAUUUUUAUUUAGUCUCAUUCAGUUAUUUUUUUUUUAAAUUAUAUCAACUCACUGUCUCUGUCUGUCUGUUUGUACACGUUAUUUCUCUGACACUUAUCUCGGAUCAAGCUGAAAUUUUGCACAACUAUUUCUUUUACUUCAAAAAACAAGAUUCAAUAAAAAAAAUAAUUAACCAAUUGGUAGUUAAUUAUUUUGUUUGUUUGGUUUUGAAAAGGGAAAGAAAUUGUACUUGACUGAUGUAUUGGUAUAAGCUGAAUUAGUCCCCUCUAUAGGUUACCGCUUUAAAGUUUUUAACUAACAAAAGAAUACUACAAAACAUUCUGUUUUCUUAUGCAGUUCACUAGCUUAGUGGUUUGUAUGUCGGCUUGAGGAGGCUUGAUCCCUGAGUUCAAAUUCAGGUCAUUAUCCUUUUUUUUAUAAAUGCAAUUAAAAGCUAUUACAUUACCAUUCACCUAGAUGUCUCCUUCUUUUUCCCUCCAUCCUUUCCCCAACCAACCCAGAGUGAUAGGAUCAUAGCAUGUUGAGAAUGCCAAAAGCAUGAGUUGCACUAUACAAAAAUGUUGGUAAAAAUAUUUCUAAUGGACCUCAUUCACCAAUCGUAAACAAACAACAUUUAGCCAUGUGGUGCUCUAUCUCUUUUAUAUAAUUUACGAUCUUAUGUUUAAUUCAUUGAUGGUUGUCACGUGACAGUUUUUUUCGUUGUUUUAUCAAUAAGAUCAUGUGACUAAAUGUUGUUUGUUUACGAUUGGUGAAUGAUGUCCAUUGCACAGAUUUAUUAUUGUUAGUCUAAAUCUAUUUCAAAUUCAGUUUCAUGACUGAUCCAAACUAAUUGAUACAACUAUGCUUACUAAAAUUUUUGUUUUUAAAAAAGUAUAUUUUAUAUUUUUCUUUUUAUUAAGUUUCAUUUUUUUACCAUGUCAUCAUUUCCUCUUUUUUUUUGGGGUUCACCACAAAAAUUGUAAUGCAAGUCUAAGAUGUUUCUAUUGCAGUGGUCAUUAUAUAAUGAAAACACCAAAGAAAAAAAAAUGCAUUUAUAAUUUGGUUAUAUUUAUGUAUAAACUAGUCAACUCUUCUAUUUUUUCCACAAGAAAUUUAUUGGCUUUAGUCGGAUUUAGAUUAGGUAAGGGUUUUCAUCAAGUUUAUCCAAUUUUUUUUAUAGUACAUAAUUUCCUAUUGAUGGUUCCCCAACCCUUAUUCUUCACCCACUUAAAACAGGUAACUAUCAUAACAUGCUUUCAUACUGGCAUCAGUCGCUUGUCAGGUAUUAGGCAGUCAUUAGUAGGACUGGUAUUUAAACAUUUUUCUACAAUGAUUUUGUGUGUCUAUUAAAUUUACUUUAGACCUUAGUUGUUUUGAUUGAUUCAUAGCAUUGAAGUGUGUUUAUUUAUUGGAAUUUACCUCAAUAGUGAAUAAAUAUCUGAUGAAUUGUUUGCCUAGAAAUUGUAACAUACAAAAUACAUCUCUGUUCAGAUGUUUUUUAUCUUUUCAUCACAAUAUUUUUUUAGUAUUAUUUUGGUGUGUGUUUUUCACAUUAUUCAUUGAUUGUUAGUUGUUUGUUUUUACAAAGCUUAUAUCUAUUCACUUAGUCUAUCUGUCUGUCUUGUACAGUUUUUGAAACACAUAAUUUCUCCCACACUCAAUCUCUGAUCAAGUUGAAAUUUCACACCAUUAUUUCUUGUAUCUGACAAAUCAAGAAUCAAUAUCUAAUUAAAUAAAAAAGAAAUUCUACUUGACAGAUCUGGCAGUAUAAGUUGAAUUAGUCCCCAUUAUACUUUGUGUAGAGAAUUAGGUCGUCACUUAAAAGUUUGAAACCAAUAAUAGAUAAUUAUGAAAUCUAUUUUUGUAAACACUUGGCUAGCACAUUGGUUAGUGUAUUGGCUUAAGGAGACAUGAGCCCAUGAGUUUGAAUUCAAGUUUUACAUUUUUUCUUUUUAUAAAAUACAUUACCUCCUUUCUUUCUCCACCUUCCCCUCCCAACUGGUUCAGACAAGAGAUAGGAUCAUAGCCCACUGAGAAAGCAAAAAGCAUGAGAUUGCACUAAACAAACACAAUUGGUAACAAUAUUUCUAAUUGCACAAAUUUAUUAUUGUUAGUUACAAAAUUUAAUUACAUGACUGAUCCAAACUAAUUGAUACAAUUACGCUUUAUAUAAGCUUUAUUUUUUUAUAUAUUUUAGAUAUUUUUCUUGCUUUAUUUUAUGUUGAUGUUUAAGGAUUUUGUUUUAAAGUAAUGUUUUUGUCCAUUUAUAUGUUGCAUAAGCCCCCUUAUUGUGUGUGUCAAUUGGAACCAAGGAAUAGUUUGGAACACAUUAUUUUGUUUGGAUAUAUUUGUUUUCUUUCAAACUACAUUUUGGCAAGACAAAUAAUUGAUAAAGCUACUUUCAACAAAUGUAUGUACACACACAUGUACACAAACAAGCAUGCACACACAUACAUACAUGCAUACAUAUAUAUAUAUAUUCUUUUCUCUCCACAACUAAUGUUAGAUACCUGUUUAAGUUCUAAUGGGCAUUAUUUGUCCCUUAAACUACUGAGUACUUAUGAAAUUGUGCAAUUUGUUUAACAAAACAUAAUUAGGCAAUUACGCCAACUUAAGACUUAACAGGCAGUUCAUUUUAUAUGCAUUGUAAAUUGAAUAAAUCUGUUUAUCUAUAUUUCUACAAGUCAAACACGCUACAUUACAUAGUUUAUAUUCCUUAUUGACACACACACACACACAGUUGCUCAUCGUAGCAGUACUUGUGAACAUGAACUCAUGCAGGAAACAAGAGAAACCCUUAAUCCUGGAGCAAUACAGAUAGGACAUGAAACAGAGUAAAAGAGACAGACACAUCUUCUUUUAAAUACAGAUGAUUACAUUUUACAUCAUAGAUAUAAACAUUUUUCAUUACAAAUCUAAUAGUUUGUGUGUGUUUAUCAACUUGUUUGGGAUAUAUUUAUUGGUUUGCAUUGAGAUGUGAAAGAUUGACUGACUCACAGGGUCUCCCCACUAGUUUGUUUUACAAACUUUCAAUACCUUGUUUGAAUGCAAGAACUUUUUUUUUAUGCAGCCUUUUUGUUUUCAAUCAUCACUCUUGUUUCAGCUUGUUGCUGUCCUUUUGUUUUCAAUCAUCACUCUUGUUUCAACUUGUUGCUGUCCUUUUGUUUUCAAUCAUCACUCUUGUUUCAGCUUGUUGCUGUCCUUUUGUUUUCAAUCAUCACUCUUGUUUCAACUUGUUGCUGUCCUUUUGUUUUCAAUCAUCACUCUUGUUUCAACUUGUUGCUGUCCUUUUGUUUUCAAUGAUCACUCUUGUUUCAACUUGUUGCUGUCCUUUUGUUUUCAAUCAUCACUCUUGUUUCAACUUGUUGCUGUCCUUUUGUUUUCAAUCAUCACUCUUGUUUCAACUUGUUGCUGUCCUUUUUUGUUUUUACAACUUUAUAAAACUAAUGAAAAACUUAAUAAAUUGAAAAAAAAAAUACAAAAAUACUCCACUGGCUUUCUAACCCAUAAAAUUUUUAAGAAGUUAAAAAAAAAACAACUAAUUAACUAAAACAAUUUUUUAAUAUAAAUUAUUAGUACCUGAUAAAUCUUUACACCAUUUUUAUAAUACGCAUUGAGAAAUUGUAGCUAGACUAGACAUUUUGUGUAUUCUCAGAAGUUUCUUGUUGUUUUUAUAGUUUACAUUUCAGAAUGAUUUUUUAGUGACUGACAAAAAAAUUAUGUUUUUAUGUUGUUUUUUUACCUUUUUUAUAUCAAAUAAGUACAAAGAAUGGAAAUUCAAGAAAAAAAAAUCAUUUAUUUUAAAGUCAUACUUUUGUAAUGUUAAUUUCUGUCAAUAUAUUUCAAGAUUGUUAGCUACUGCUAAUUAAAUGAGCGGAUAAUGUGAAGGCCAGUUUGUGAUUUAAGGUACCACUUUUAAAUCUUGCAACUUUUUGGGGCUAGAUUUUGUAAAGCUUGUCUGUUUUUUGUGGCUGGUACAUGGGCGUCCUAAAAAUCCCGGAACUUAAAAUUUCAGUCUUCACUGGGACUCACACUCAAGAUCCCUCUGUUUGGAAGUAACGAACUUUAGCACUGGUCUACAAUUUCCCAGUUUGUAAUUUAUUGCUACACAAAUUAAAUAUACUCUUUCUAUGUGCUUUCAUUUUCAAUUUUAGUUUUAGAUGUAAGUUUUCCUUUAGUCAUUGUUGCUGACGCCAAUAUAAGUUGUUUUUUGUUUUUUUAAUUGAAUCACAUAUUUGAGUACCAAGACACACAUUUUUUCAUUGCAAUAAAUAUUUGAAGUCAAACAAAAAGUGAUGUUACCUAUUAGAAUGUAUUGUUCCGAGUUUGUUAAGAAUAGAUGUGGUCAUCCUAUUCAUUGCAGGUCCACAAGUCCACUUCAGAACUGAUAAAGUCUUAUUUUUAUAUGUUGUUUAGGAUCUAGUAAAGAUUUACAUUUGAAGCUCACUAUUACAAUCCAUUUUUAGCUGUCUCAGUAAGAGGAGAAGUCUCUAUUAGUUUUGUUUCAUCUUUCUGUCAUGUUUAGAGGUCAAAAACUAUAAGAGCUAUUCAAAUCUUAUUUCACCACAUUUUGAGACUUGCAAUGUUUAGGCUCAAUGUCUACUUUCUAUGUUCUGAAAUUGAACCAUUUUGUUUUUUAAAUAAUUAUGCAUGCCAUUGUUUUCAAAAAUAUUUUUUUUUUAACAAUACAUAAAUGUAAGGGAGAUUAUUUUAACAAUAAUAAAGAGGAUUCAUUUC